CUCCCAUAAAUACCUGGUCACUCCUCUGCACUUCUUCCACAACAGAUCACCCCCCCAAAAUCAUCUUUCUUACGCAAGUUCAGAAGAGUUGCAAAUGGCUAAGGACAUGGAGAUUGGAGAGCAGGGUAGCGAGUAUGCCGCCAAGGACUACCAAGACCCACCUCCAGAACCACUGUUUGAUGCUGAAGAACUGACCAGGUGGUCCUUUUACAGGGCCAUCAUCGCUGAGUUCAUUGCCACUCUCUUGUUCCUCUACAUCACAGUUUUGACGGUGAUAGGGUACAAAAGCCAGACUGACACUGACCCCACGAUGAAGGGCGACGAGUGUGGCGGUGUUGGCAUCCUCGGCAUUGCCUGGGCCUUUGGUGGCAUGAUCUUCGUCCUCGUUUAUUGCACUGCUGGCAUUUCAGGAGGGCACAUUAACCCGGCGGUGACAUUCGGGCUUUUCUUGGCUCGGAAGGUCUCUCUGCUACGAGCCUUGAUGUAUAUGGUGGCUCAGUGCUUGGGUGCCAUAUGUGGUUGUGGCUUGGUGAAGGCAUUCCAGAAGGCUUACUACGUUAAGUACGGUGGUGGAGCUAACGAGCUCGCCGAUGGGUACAGCACCCGCACCGGAUUGGCAGCUGAGAUCAUUGGUACAUUCGUCCUCGUUUACACUGUCUUCUCCGCCACAGAUCCUAAGAGAAAUGCCCGAGAUUCACACGUACCUGUCUUGGCACCACUUCCAAUUGGUUUCGCUGUGUUCAUGGUUCACUUGGCCACUAUCCCGAUUACCGGCACAGGUAUUAAUCCUGCCCGGAGUUUUGGAGCUGCUGUGAUCUACGGCAAGGACAAAGCCUGGAAUGAUCAAUGGAUUUUCUGGGCUGGACCAUUCAUUGGUGCUGCCAUAGCUGCAUUCUACCACCAGUUCAUUUUGAGGGCAGCAGCAGUUAAAGCUCUAGGGUCUUUCAGAAGCAGCACCUCCUAGUAUAUAUGCAUUAUGCAAGCAGUGAGAAUAAUUAUCUAGUCCUCUCAUACUGUCUUUAAGACAGGAGUUUCGUGCAUCACACACGGGAUCGUCACUGGUGUUGGAGAUAUGGAAUUUAGAUUUGUAUGGUCGGGAAAAAUUGUAUAUAAGUUUUAGUGGGGAGGGAGGGUCUGGGUACCAGCAAUGUUAGCAUAGUGGUCUUGGCACUUGUUUUUAAGUGUGCCCAACUGUUGUCAUUUUGUUUUCUCCUAGUCCUAUUUUCCCUUUGGUUUGUUUUUUCCUUCUCUGCUUUUCUUUGUUGUGGGCAAGGUGUUUUUGAUCUAAUAAUAACAAACCAGCAAGUGCUUUUCUGUUCC